AUGAAAAAUCCUGAAGAACAAAAAAUGAACAUUUUGCACAGUAAUAAUAAUGGUGUGUUCAACAAUCUUAAAAACAGUCUGGAAUUUGUUCAAUCACUAAAAAAGCCAGUAAAUAUGAGGUAUGAUAUCAAAGUCUAUAAAAUGCACUUGAAAAGUAUGAAAAAUAACCUUUACUCUUCCGAAUGGUACUACUUUUUUACCAUCUUUGUACCAGUUUAUUUGAAACGACGUAUCAUGUGGUUCAACAGAUCCCGAACAGCGAAGCCGGAUUGUUGUCCCAAGCGUUCCAGUGAUCCUCCGCACCGUACGUUUGAUCAACAAUAA